UUGCAUGACUUGGUACAUACAUGCGGCCAAUAUUCAUCCCCAUACAGCAGAGGGCAACCAUGGCCAACGUCGUGUGCGUGCCCGGUCGCAACGAGGCAUCCAUGCUCCCGCACCUCGUGCGUUGCGGUGCGUGCUCGAGCGGGCGGCCGGGAAACCAGAGCACACGGGAUUCCUCACGGCGUGGCCCAAUUCGCACCAUCCGCGCUACCGCGCCAUGUCAUCUCUUGUCCACGCUCCAUUCGCUGCCUGCGGAAAUUGUCCACCACUGCUACGCCCUCCAGCCCUCUCCCAUGACUUGCUCCAGACCGCCCUCGCCGACCACUCGACAGUCUCAAUCGAAGCACAAAAAGAGAAAGAAGAAAUAAAAUCCUCCGUGAUUUGGCUCUUGGCGUUUGUCCCGUGCGCUGCCAUUCUUCAAACUUUCCGACCUGUCUCCUGUUGGCGACGCGUCAACCGUCUCUCCCGAAGACGCAAUAGCCGGAGAGAAUCUUUUGGGGGUACCUAG